GAAGAAGCUCGUCAGCCACCUUCUUAGCUUGCUAGCCAAUAUAGCCGGAACAUUGCAGCUCUUUAGACGGUUUCGGUGAAUGGGAAGUUGCUGUGUUUAAAGCACACGUCUGACGUAUCUACUAGUUACCCCGUUUAAUUUUAUAAUUACGUUGUUAGUCAUCUCGCUAGCUUGUUAAGUUAGCACUAGGCUAGUUGUUUAUGCUAACUAACUAGCUAGCUAACAUCCCCGACCAUGAGCUCACUAAACAACUCCCCCACUGCCAAAGGACAGGAGGUCUGCUGGACGGAGAAAGAGGGUCUGUGGCUUAAUAUUGUCGUGAAAGAAGAGGAGGAAGAGGAGGACGUCACAUUGAAAGGAGAUACAGGAGCGCUCAGAGAGGAAGAGGAGGAAGAGGGGGAUGUCGUUUUUGGAGUGAAGGAGCAGGGGGAGGUUACUGUCACAUUGGAAAAUGAGGAGGGAAAAACUGGAGAUCUGAUGAACACCGGAGAGAGGCCAGACUUUCCCUCUGACAGCGGGAAGAGUCCCUCAGGGGAACCAGACCCAGAGACACCCAAACCAGUGAGACCACACCACUGCUCCCACUGUGGAAAGACUUUUACCUGGUUAUCAAAGCUGAAAGAGCACGAGAGAACACACACUGGAGAAAAGCCUUACCAAUGUGCCAUUUGUGGCAAGACUUUUACCCAGUUAGGGGGCUUUCAAUAUCAUGAGCGGACACACAGAGAAAAAAAUACCUACCACUGCUCUCAGAAUGGAACGACAUUUACCCAGUUAGGGAACCUGAAAAAGAACGACAGAAUUCUCACACAGGGAGAGAAGACAAACCACUGCUCCCAGUGCGGAAAGAGUUUUAAAUGGUUAUCCAAGCUGAAAGAGCACGAGAGGACCCACACAGGAGAAAAGCCUUUCCAAUGCUCCCAUUGCGAAAAGAAAUUUAACCAGUCAUCGCAUCUGAAGGAGCAUGAGAGAAUACACACUGGAGAGAAGUCUUUCCAAUGCUCCCAGUGUGGAAAGGGUUUUACCUGGUUAUGGAACCUGAAAACACACGAGAGGACCCACACGGGAGAAAAGCCGUACCAAUGCUCCCUGUGUGGAAAGACGUUUACCCAGUUAGGGGGCUUUAAAUAUCACGAGAGAACACACGCAGAAAAAAAGACCUACCACUGCUCUCAGUGUGAAAAGACAUUUACCCGGGGGAGCUGAACUCUUCACUGGGGAAGCUGCUCGGGAAGAGCAGGAGGUUUGAGAAGGUUACACGGAUCUUUGAACACGCCUCCCAACACAACCAGAGCCAUGCCCAGCAGACAGAGAGACAGAUAAAGGAGGAGUUUGAGAAGCUGCACCAGUUCCUGAGAGAGGAGGAGGAAGCCAGGCUAGCCAGGCUGAGGGAGGAAGAGGAGGAGAGGAAUAGAGUGAUGAAGGAAAAGAGAGAGAGAGUGGGAAAAGAGAUGAAGCUGCUGGCUAAAACCAUCCGAGAGAUAGAGGAAGAGAUGAAGGAAGACAGGGAUGACAUCGCCUUUCUGCAGAAUUACCAGGAGACAGUAAAGAGGUAUGCACUCUCUCUGUCUCUCUCCCCUGUCUCUCUCCCUCUGUCUCUCUCUCCCUCUCUCUCUCUCUCUCUCUCU